ACAGAGUCCUGGCCAUCCGGGGCUGUACUCGCAGAGGUCUGCAUGCCUCCGCCCUCAGAGCGCUGCAUUCAAGGCGAGCGCCUUCACACCUUGCUGUCAUUACUUUUUAACCCUAAAAUAAUUUCUUCAGCGCCUAGUUAGCAAGGGGGGCGGGGGGGACAUGCUAACGAGUCUUGUUCCCAAAUUAACGACAACAACAAACCUAAAACAGAAAUACCAGAGAGAACGCAACAGGAAUAUGGUGUUAAUAGUGUGGGGAUGGCCUUUUCAUUGAAUGAGGAAAUCGAAGCCAUGGCUGCCAUUUAUGGGGAAGAGUGGUGUGUUAUAGAUGAUUGCGCCAAAGUAUUCUGUAUUAGAAUCAGCGACGACAUAGAUGACCCAAAAUGGACACUUUGCUUGCAGGUGAUGUUACCGAGUGAAUACCCCGGUACAGCGCCACCUAUUUAUCAGUUGAAUGCUCCUUGGCUGAAAGGGCAAGAACGUGCAGACUUAUCAAACAGCCUUGAGGAAAUAUACAUACAGAAUAUUGGUGAAAGUAUUCUUUACCUGUGGGUGGAGAAAAUAAGAGAUGUUCUGAUACAGAAAUCCCAGAUGACAGAGCCAGGCCCAGAUGUAAAGAAAAAAACUGAAGAGGAGGAUGUUGAAUGUGAAGAUGACCUCAUUGUAGAACAUCAGCCAGCAAAUGCAGUUAAAACCGUAGACUUCAACAUCAGUGAACAUGUACCAGAAAUAGAAGAACUGCCUCCAGUUGACCAUGGCGUUCCUAUCACAGACCGAAGGAGCACUUUUCAGGCCCAUGUGGCUCCCGUAGUCUGUCCUAAGCAGGUGAAAAUGGUUCUUGCCAAAUUGUAUGAGAAUAAGAAAAUAGCGAGUGCCACCCACAAUAUCUAUGCCUAUAGGAUAUACUGUGAGGACAAGCAGACCUUCUUGCAGGACUGUGAGGAUGAUGGAGAGACAGCUGCUGGAGGUCGUCUUCUUCACCUCAUGGAGAUUUUGAAUGUGAAGAAUGUCAUGGUGGUGGUGUCCCGUUGGUAUGGAGGAAUUUUGCUCGGACCUGAUCGUUUCAAACAUAUCAACAACUGUGCCAGGAACAUACUGGUGGAGAAGAACUUCACAAGUUCACCUGAGGAGUCAUCUAAGAGUUUGGGAAAGAAGAAAGUAAAAAAAGACAAGAAGCGGAGCGAGCAUUAAUCUUGAAACUGUAUGAAAGAUUAAUUUCCGAGUCAUUGUGUACACAUUCCCAGUGGUUAACGAAUACAUGAAGACGGCCACUUGACAGCUCCAGUCAGCCAGUUCACCGUGGACACCAGCGUUAUGUUUCCUUCCUUGGUUCUAUCAUUUGCCAAAAACAGAGAAUUUAGGAUUAUUCACAAGUGUUUCUGACUUGUGUGGAACUGAUAUGAGCUUAGUCACCAUUUCCUAUAACUCUUGGAAGGUGGCAGAUGCAGGGCAGUUACCUGAGCUAACUGUCCAUUUCAGUUCAUGUCAAGUGCCUUUGUUUGGCAGGGAAGACGUGUCUUCAGAAGACUAAAUGCCUGGUUUCUUGUGAUAGGUAUUCUCACACCGUUAAAUGAACAGGCUUUUACUGCUCCUGUAGCUUCUCAGAGCGGGGCUCAGUGAAGACUGCAGCCAUGGAGAAUCUUUCCUUGUGAUUUCACAAGCUUGUCACUUAUCAUCUUAGAGUGUUCAUCAUGGAGUAAUAGUAAGUGAAAAUCCAGGAGUAUCCAUCUGUGAUUAUGUGCCAAAGUGGACAUUCCACAUAUCUGCUAGCCCAGUUGUUAGUCCUCCCUUCUGUUGAAAAUUGUUUUUUGUGAAAUUUCAAAAAGUGAUUUUUUUUUUUUAGUCUCUGCCUUUUAUUAAUUCCUGUAAUGAAACAGUGAGUGUUGA